GUUUGAUUAUUUAGUUCAUAGUUAAUUAACAUUAUUAUUUAUGAGAAAAACUCAAAUUUCCCAUCUAAACUCCCAAACCCUCGUCUCCUCCAUUUCCGUCUUCACAAGUCUUUCUUGAGAUUUUCCAGUGCCGGUGAUCAUAAAACACCCCACAGGGCUUUUGUUUCGAGUUUCUAGCUUCAUUAUUUUAUAUGCGGAUCGAGUGAGUCGAAGGUUUACUUUUUAUUUUCGUACAGUACUCAGUAGUACAUCAGAGGCAAGAAUGGCAUACAGACGGAGUGUAACCUCCAGAGCUAAGCUUUUUUAUCCGCACCAACCUAUUACACCUUCGUUUUCGCACAUACAACGCGAUGAUGAUCGGAAAACUGUCAAACCUCACUCCCCUGAUACUAAAGUGUUCAGUUACAUUCAGUACAGAUGCAUUGGUAACGGUGUUGGUGGUUCGAAACUCUCAUUUCUGGCCCCUAAAUUUUCUGCUCAGCAGCUGAGACCUGCCAUGAGCUUGGGGGGUUCUGUAGUAAGGAAUAUGUCUACUAAUAUUGGAGAGGGAGUGGAUAAGAUGGAGUAUGUGACUGAUAUUGCAGGUGUGCUGACUGAUAGUGCUGGUGAGGCAGUGGCUUCUCAAGCUCCAGUGGUGAAUGAGGUGGCAAUGGCUGCUGCAGACUCCUUUUUGCCAGUUGCUGUGUUGCAGCACUUGAUUGAUUAUGUCCAUUGCUAUACUGGCUUCAAUUGGUGGGCAUCAAUUGUUGCAACAAGUGUUAUGAUUAGAUUGGUAACUUUGCCAUUGAAUAUACACCAGAUUAAAGCCACUUCAAGAUUAACACUUUUGAGGCCAAAAUUGGAUGAGAUACGAGAAGACAUGCAGAACAGGGGAAUGAGUCCUUCAGCAGUGAGUGAGGGUAAAGAACGAAUGAGUGCCCUAUUCAAGGAGUAUAAUGUUUCGCCCUUUACUGCCUUGAAGGGGAUUUUUAUUCAAGGCCCUGUAUUUGUCUGUUUUUUCCUUGCUAUUUCUAAUAUGGCAGAAAAAGUCCCUUCUUUUAAAGUGGGCGGUGCAUUCUGGUUCACUGACUUGACUACGCCUGACAUAACAUAUAUCCUUCCAAUUUUAACAGCAUUGACAUUCUUGAUAACAGUGGAGUGCAAUGCACAGGAGGGAUUGGAAGGAAAUCCUGCUGGUCCAAUGAUUAAGAAUGCUUCAAGAUUCUUUGCUGCUCUGACUGUCCCAAUGACAGCAACUUUCCCUAAGGCUAUAUUCAUGUACUGGAUUACCUCCAAUCUUUUCUCCCUAACAUAUGGAUUGGCACUCAAAAAGCCUGAAGUGAAGAAGCUAUUUGGUGUACCUAUAAUCCCGGUUGCACCACCUACAGCUGGUCAAAAACCCGGAUUCUCUUUUUCUGAAGCAAUAAGUAAGUAUGCUGCAUCACAAAAUCAGGCACAAUCAUUAUCUAAUGAUGCAUCCCGACCUUCAAACCAAAGAAUAUCAUCAUCCUCCGUUCUCAGUCAAAGGAUCAGAAGCUUAGAGAAACAAGUAAAAGAGAGGAAGAAAGGCAAGAAAAAGUGAUGGGCAUUAUAUUCCAAACUUGCAGAAAUCUAUAAUCACAUAAUUGCUAUCUCCUAUAGUGUAUUUACAUAUAAUAUUCAUCUAUUGAAUGAAAUGUGUAAUAAUUUAUUAAUCAUCAGGAGGAAUUUAAACAAGAUUUUGACAAUUUUACGAUUCUUUUCCCUGGGGAGGAUUUGUAUACUUAUAGAUACAAUUGGAGUCAGAGUGAUACCGAUAGUCCUUGUUGAGUUAUUGAGCAUGAUUCUUGAUGGUGCCAAAUGAUAUUAUUCAGCAUUAUAAGAAUCUAAGGGGGCCUUACAGGUUGAAGCUUUGUCUGGAAUAAUUGCUUGUUGGUUUAUCAUUUCAAUAAAUUUCUCGCUGAUAUGUUUAAAUGUUUGUUUAGCUUCGAAUUGCAAUAGUUAAGAC